GUGAGAGAGAGAGAGAGCGAGCGAGCGCUGCCUCUCGAGCUCCCCGCCACCAGCAGCACGCCGAUACCCGGGUCACCGCCAGCCCUCCCUCCGCCAAGGCCACCGCCGGAGCCCGGACAGAGCCUCUGCCAGCCACAGCCAGACCCGCACCCUCCGCGGCCGCCCGGUACAGCCCGAACCCAGGCCGCUUCAUUCAUUGGUCCGGCAGCGGCGGCCUCGGGCUGGCAAGGAAGGAGCAUUGGGGCUGAGGCCGGCCGAUAUGGAGGCUGAGGACACCGAGCGGCGGCUCCCGGCCAUCUCCUGCCUGAGACCAGUCUGCCUGGUGUAUACGGUCCAGCGGCGGGGCUGACACCCUGCAUCCCCAAACACAGUGCCCACUGGACAGAUACCGUGCGCUCAGCCAGUAACUGGACAGCUGAUCCGAGGAGCUGACACUCUAAUACUGCGCCCGGCCUGGAUACCUGGACCUGACUCCCUGGUACACCCCCCCAGUGAGCGGGGCAGAUACUGAGCUGGAUAUCCAGACUGAGGGAUUUACUAUCAAAUCUGCAGGGCAAUCCAUAUUUUAACCCCCUGAGUUCUGGAUACAGUGCGCCAUCUCUUGGACUGGGGCAGCUCCCACAUAGAAACCUGGCAAAGGGAGGCAAUUAGCAGCUUGUACAGGGGCACAUCGUGUCCAGCCACUGCACGUGAAAGGAGGCAAGGGUUUUUAUUAUUUGGGGGUGGGGGGGAGGUACCAGAAGGGGGUAUCCUGCGAGAUAAGCGGCCCAUGUGACACCCACCACCUCCCCCUGUCACAUUACAUUGUGUCAGUCUGGGUAAGACUGAACCAAAGAGCAAAUCCCAAAUAAUUCUCCUCCUCCCUGUGAUCCCAGCCAGCAGACAGGGAGGAUCUCACUCACAGUCCCUGCACCCACCGACCUGGUAGUGGCAUUACACCGGGGGGUGUGAGGGGAGGGGGGUCCUUCAUCCUCAUCAUAACCCCCAUACAUACAGGUGCUAAUUACUGGCAGAAUCUUGAUGAACCAACACUUUGUCCCGGGAUUCUAGAAGCAAGGUCACAGAGGAGUUGUACAGUGUUCUAAUUUUUUUGAAUUUUUUUUUUGGUCCAUACAUUUUGGGAUUUAGAGUGGAAACCAGCCGCCAUCUUUACUUGGGGGUGUAGGAAUUUGCCCAUACUGUGGAGGUGUGGAUUUAAAUACCCUGGGAUAGCUGGAAACACGCCUGAUUGCCUCCCUGGAGCUGUGGAGAUGAAGCUCGGUUCGGGCUGGGGGUCUUCUCCGACCUGGCUGUCGGGAGCACUCCUGGUACUGCUGUGUCCCUGUCUUUGCCAGGAUUUACAAGGUGGCAAAGUUUGCCUUUAUCAGGACAUUCGUAACGAUGUGCAUGAGCUUAAAAGGCUUGAAGACUGUGUUAUAAUUGAAGGGUAUCUGCAGAUUCUUCUCAUCUCCAAUGCUAAGGCGGAAGACUUUCGAAACCUCCGGUUUCCCAAGCUAGCUGUUAUUACGGACUAUCUCCUGCUUUUUCGGGUUUCAGGCCUGGAGAGCCUCAGUGAUCUCUUUCCAAACCUUACAGUUAUCCGUGGAAAAUCUCUGUUUUACAAUUAUGCCCUAGUCAUCUUUGAGAUGACUGACCUGAAGGAAAUUGGUUUGCAUAGUCUAAGGAAUAUCACACGAGGCGCUAUACGGAUUGAGAAGAACUCAGACUUGUGUUACCUUUCUACCGUGGAUUGGUCGCUUGUCCUGGAUGCUGUCUACAACAAUUAUAUAGUUGGGAAUAAGUCACCAAAGGAGUGUGGGGACCUUUGUCCUGGCGCUAUGGAGUCAAAGUCCUUUUGUACUAAGACCUCGAUUAAUAAUGAAUUUGCGCCUCGAUGUUGGUCAGCUGAUCACUGCCAAAAAGUGUGCCCAAAUUCAUGUGGUAAGCGAGCAUGCACAGACCACAAUGAAUGUUGUCAUCCUGAGUGCCUGGGCAGCUGCACCUCUCCUGACAAUGAUACCGCAUGCGUGGCCUGCCACCAUUACUACUUUGAGGGACGCUGUGUGCAGAGUUGUCCCCCUAAUACUUACCGUUUUGAAGGCUGGCGCUGCAUCACCUUGGAAGAAUGUGCCAAUGUGCAUAAUACUGUCAACAUGCCCUCUCGCUUCAUCAUCCACAACGGAGAGUGUGCGGAAGAGUGUCCAUCUGGGUACAUGCUCAAUGGGAGCCAGAGCAUGUUCUGCAGUCCCUGUGAAGGUCCCUGCCCUAAAGUCUGCGAUGCAGACAAGUCAAAAACUAUAGACUCUGUCACAUCAGCCCAAAUGCUAGAGGGAUGCACUGUACUGAAAGGAAACCUGAUUAUAAACAUCCGGAAGGGACAAAACAUUGCAACGGAGCUGGAGAAUUUCAUGGGUCUGAUAGAAACAGUUACAGGCUAUGUGAUGAUCCGACACUCACACGCACUUGUGUCCCUCUCAUUCAUGAAAAGUCUGCGCUAUAUUUUGGGAGAAAGUCAAGUUGAAGGGAAUUAUUCUUUUUACGUCUUUGACAAUAGCAACCUGCAGCAGUUGUGGAAUUGGAACAGGCACAAUCUUACCAUAAAAAAUGGCAAAAUGUACUUUGCCUUUAACCCCAAGCUGUGUCCUUCUGAGAUCUACCGCAUGGAAGAAGUAACGGGGACCAAGGGCAGACAGAGUGAAGCAGACAUAAACCCCAGAACAAAUGGGGACAGAGCAUCCUGUGAGAGCCAUGUCUUGCACUUUAUUUCCAACGCCACUCUGAAAAAUCGAAUCAUACUGACGUGGGAACGAUACCGGCCACCAGAUUAUAGAGACCUCAUCAGUUUUACUGUUUACUACAAGGAGGCUCCGUAUGCAAAUGUGACUGAAUAUGAUGGCCAGGAUGCCUGUGGAUCCAACAGUUGGAACAUGGUUGAUGUAGACCUUCCAGUCAGCAAAGACAAGAAUCCAGGAAUUCUCCUGCAGCCAUUAAAACCAUGGACUCAGUAUGCAAUCUAUGUGAAGGCUCUCACUCUCACUAUGACGGAUAGCCGCCAGGUUCAUGGAGCCAAGAGCAAGAUUGUAUACAUACGCACAGAAGCUGAAGUUCCUUCUAUUCCUUUGGAUGUGAUCUCCGUGUCCAACGCGUCCUCUCAACUGAUCGUAAGAUGGAAACCACCUACAUUUCCAAAUGGAAAUCUGUCCUACUACAUCGUCCGCUGGCAACAACAGCCUCAGGAUAGUUACCUGUACCAGCAUGACUACUGCCUCAAAGGUAAAGUCCCCAUACGUAAAUUUGCUGAUGGGACCAUUGACACAGAGGAUUCGGUGGAGCCCACAAAGCCUACAGGAGGUGAUAAAGAGGGGACAUGCUGUGCCUGCCCUAAAACGGAAGCAGAGAAAAAGGCGGAGAAGGAUGAGGCGGAAUACAGAAAAGUGUUUGAAAACUUCUUGCACAACGCUAUAUUUGUACCAAGACCUGACCGCAGGCGCCGUGAUGUCUUUGCCAUUGCUAACACAACACUGGCCAGUCAAGGCAAGAAUGUCUCCACUCAGGACUUCUCUAAUGUGACAGACUCUGAGAACAAUGAGGUGGAGUACCAAUAUUAUGAAACAAAAGUGGAACCUAACAGUGACAGGACCGUGAUUUCAGGCCUGCAGCCUUUCACUCUAUACCGCAUCGACAUUCACAGCUGCAACCAUGAGACAAAGAAGCUUGGCUGUAGUGCUUCCAACUUUGUGUUCGCCAGAACUAGGCCUGCAGCUGGUGCCGAUGACAUACCAGGACCAGUCACCUGGGAAGGAGGAGAAGAUGGUACUGUUAUUCUAAAGUGGUCUGAACCAUUCAAACCCAAUGGGCUCGUCUUAAUGUAUGAGAUAGAGUAUAAACAGCAACCCUCAGAGGUUCAAAAGAAAUGUGUUCCAAGGCAGGAGUACCGCACCAUGGGAGGCACCAAACUCACACGUCUCAAUCCAGGCAAUUAUUCUGCACAGGUGCAAGCCAUAUCGCUCUCUGGCAAUGGCUCUUGGACAGACACUGUGUCUUUCUACGUCCAGGCAAAAGUUCCAGACAAUGAUGGUAUCUUGCAGCUGAUGGUUACUAUUCCAGUUAUUUUGGUUUUAUUGUUCGUGGGUAUUACUGCCGUUGUCUGUUUCGUUAACAAAAAAAGGAAUAAUGACCGACUUGGAAAUGGAGUGCUGUAUGCAUCUGUGAACCCGGAGUAUUUCAGUGCUGCAGAAAUGUAUGUUCCUGAUGAGUGGGAGGUUCCUCGAGAGAAGAUCACAAUGAAUCGUGAGCUUGGUCAGGGAUCAUUUGGAAUGGUGUACGAGGGCAUUGCUAAAGGAGUUGUGAAGGAUGAAGCGGAGACAAGGGUGGCAAUAAAGACUGUGAAUGAAGCUGCCAGUAUGCGGGAGAGAAUAGAGUUCUUGAAUGAGGCUUCAGUCAUGAAGGAGUUCAAUUGUCACCACGUGGUGCGUUUACUAGGUGUUGUUUCACAAGGUCAGCCAACCCUUGUUAUCAUGGAGCUAAUGACACGCGGAGACCUCAAGAGCUACCUGAGAUCCCUAAGACCAGACACGGAGAAUUCUUCUGGACAGCAUCCUCCUUCCUUGAAAAAAAUGAUCCAGAUGGCAGGAGAGAUUGCAGACGGCAUGUCAUACCUUAAUGCAAACAAGUUCGUUCACAGAGACUUAGCUGCCAGAAACUGUAUGGUAGCCGAAGAUUUCACUGUCAAAAUUGGAGACUUUGGUAUGACACGUGAUAUCUAUGAGACUGAUUAUUAUAGAAAAGGAGGGAAAGGACUUCUUCCUGUACGCUGGAUGUCUCCAGAAUCUCUUAAGGACGGAGUCUUCACCACCAACUCUGAUGUUUGGUCGUUUGGAGUUGUGCUAUGGGAGAUUGCCACAUUGGCGGAGCAGCCUUACCAGGGCAUGUCUAAUGAACAGGUUCUCCGGUUUGUAAUGGAAGGGGGUCUACUGGAGAAGCCGGACAACUGUCCAGAUAUGCUGUUUGAACUUAUGCGCAUGUGCUGGCAGUACAACCCGAAAAUGAGACCCUCUUUCCUGGAGAUCAUCAGCAGCAUUAAAGAUGAACUUGACCCAGCCUAUAGAGAGGUGUCUUUCUUCUACAGUGAGGAGAAUAAACCUCCUGACACAGAGGAGCUUGACCUGGAGGCAGAGAACAUGGAGAACAUUCCGUUAGAUCCUUCAUGCGGCAUGCAGACCUCCGAGCACCAUUUGGGACACAAGGCCGAAAAUGGCCCUGGUGUAGUUGUUCUUCGAGCAAGCUUUGAUGAGAGGCAACCAUAUGCGCACAUGAAUGGGGGGCGCAAGAAUGAGAGGGCACUACCCCUUCCCCAGUCCUCAGCCUGCUGAUCUUGGCUGAGGGUCUGACUGACACUUGUGGCAACACACACUGCCUUGUGUACCUCUAGGACCUGGUCACAGGAGGAUCCCUCCUUUAUCAGUGCUAACACUAUUUUUUUUUCUCUUUGUGGAUUGGCUGCAGCCACCUUCUGGCACUGGUGUUCUUGCUCACUAAAGGAACUUGUGCGUCAGAUCAGUGCCCCAACUUUUUCUUAGUUCAUCAUGGUUACAGUACCAUGCAUCUGAUAAUAUAUUUGAUGUGGAAACCACAUUUGAGCUAGAGGAACCUUCUCUCCUGCUCAGACACACAUACACAUGAAAUAAUUUAUUUAAUGUUUUUUUUUUUUUUUCCAAAAAAAAGAAAAUAUAAAGUUAACAAAAUCUCAAUGCAACCUACAACAACAUUUAUAGAAUUUUGCCAGUUUUUUGCCAAAUAGAUUUACUUGUGCACAGUUUGAACAGUGCAGACAUAUGCAUAUCACAGGACCAUGCACACUGUAUACUAUUAUUAUUCUAGUAACACAAUCUACUAAAACAA